GCCGCUCGGGCCGCGGCGGCGGGGACCAUGCCGAGGAAAGUCUCCUGAGCCCGGCAACUUCGGCCCCUCCCCGCCCCCACCCGGGCUGCCCUCGGCGCGGCCCUGCCCAUGUGCAGCCGGCCGGCCGGGCUCUCCUCCUCGCAGGCGGAUGGGUGACCUUUUCCUGGCACGGGCAGGCUGUGCGAGGCGGCGGAGCAGGCGAUGAAGAAGAAGCAGCAGCAUCCCGGCGGCGGCGCGGAUCCCUGGCCCCAUGGGACCCCUCUGGGGGGCGCCCCUCCGGGCCUGGGCAGCUGGAAGCGCCGGGUCCCCCUGCUGCCUUUCCUGCGCUUCUCGCUCCGGGACUACGGCUUCUGCAUGGCCACCCUGCUGGUCUUCUGCCUGGGCUCCCUCUUCUAUCAGCUCAGCGGGGGACCCCCUCGCUUCCUGCUCGACCUGCGGCAGUAUUUGGGAAAUUCCACUUACUUGGAUGAUCAUGGGCCACCUCCUAGUAAGGUGCUACCUUUCCCGAGCCAGGUCGUGUACAACAGGGUAGGCAAGUGUGGGAGUCGUACUGUGGUCUUGCUUCUGAGAAUCUUGUCAGAGAAGCACGGAUUCAAUUUGGUCACGUCAGACAUUCACAACAAAACCAGGCUUACUAAAAAUGAACAAAUGGAACUGAUUAAAAAUAUAAGUACUGCCGAACAGCCCUAUUUAUUCACUCGACAUGUUCAUUUCCUCAACUUCUCAAGGUUUGGAGGAGACCAGCCCGUCUACAUCAACAUCAUUAGAGACCCCGUCAACCGGUUUUUAUCGAACUAUUUUUUCCGUCGAUUUGGAGACUGGAGAGGGGAACAGAACCACAUGAUCCGCACCCCCAGCAUGAGGCAGGAGGAACGCUACCUGGAUAUCAAUGAGUGUAUUCUUGAAAACUAUCCUGAGUGUUCCAACCCCAGAUUAUUUUACAUCAUUCCAUAUUUUUGUGGACAGCAUCCCAGAUGCAGGGAGCCUGGUGAGUGGGCCCUUGAAAGAGCAAAACUGAACGUGAAUGAAAACUUCCUGCUUGUGGGGAUUCUUGAAGAGUUGGAAGAUGUGCUGCUUUUACUGGAAAGAUUUUUACCUCAUUACUUCAAGGGUGUGCUCAGUAUCUACAAAGACCCAGAGCAUAGGAAACUUGGAAAUAUGACUGUGACCGUGAAGAAGACUGUCCCCUCCCCCGAGGCCGUGCAGAUUCUCUACCAGCGAAUGAGAUACGAGUAUGAGUUCUACCACUACGUCAAAGAGCAGUUCCACCUGCUGAAACGCAAGUUUGGACUGAAGUCCCACGUCAGCAGGCCCCCUCUGAGACCCCAGUUCUUUAUUCCAACUCCACUGGAAACCGAGGAGCCGAUCGAUGAUGAGGAACAAGAUGACGAGAAGUGGCUAGAAGAUAUUUAUAAGAGAAACCAACAAGUCUCUCUAGAGUUUUUUCUUCGUUCACUAAAAUUGGACAGUAGCCAAGAUAUAAAGCAAGUCAUUUGGAACCUGUCGAGUGUGCACUAAAGCUACUUUAUCAUGAGAUGUAUUAAGAAGGCUCUACCCCACAGGAGUCCAGUGAAGGCUGGGACCACAGAGGCACAAAGUCCAGCACUGGGCCACUGGUGGGCCUCCUUUCUGCCUCAGAGAACUGGGGCAGAGACGUGAUUAAGAAAAUGUUCUUAGAAGAGGAAAUAUCCUUUGUCCUGUGUAGAGAGACCAGGGCCCUACCAUUAGGCAUACCUUAAAAAGCAAACCCAGAGAACAGCUGUCCUAUUAAAACAAAAGAUAAGAACAGCGCCUGGUACGUUGUGAGUCAUUUCUAUGAAACUGCAUAUAAAGAAUGAUAAUUAGUUUACACACUGUGCAGGCUCACUCUCUGAAAAUAAAAUGGAACUGGCUUAGUGAUCUCUGCUUUCGUCAGAACAUCAGGACCCAUUGGUCAUUUGCAAAAUGCAUAGUCCUAGUGCAAGUUCACACGAGCACUUCCAGCUGUGUGUUCAAAGGCCUUUACUGUCAGCAGUGAUCAUUAGACCAUGCCAACAAGAGAUGCUGACCUAUUCACUUGCAGGGCCUUAAUGCUGUUUUGCCCCAACAAAGAGUCUCUACGUCCUAAAAGUCAAGGCACUUCAUCAAUUUAUUGGCACACAUGACAGGAUUUCUUUGGCCCUGAGCCCAACGCAGUUUGUACUUCAUGAAAUAUAUUGUACAUUUUACAUAGUUUAAUUUAAAAAAAAAUACAUUUUAAGCUGGUUGAUCUUUGACUGCCUUAUUUAUUAUAACCUUUCAGCACAUUCCAAGGUUUUAGUUACUCAGGAAGGAGUUAAUUAAAAUGAUUUUAUUUUGGUCUGAUGGAUGUUUUUUAAAAGGAAAAUUAUUAUUAUGAACCUUCAGCCUACUCUUCUGGAGUGCCGUAAAAGUGCUUGUAAAUCCUUUUUUUUUUUUUUUUUU